AUCACCAUCAUCAUCAUCGCCAUCCUCCCCCCACGAGGAAGGGCACUUCGAGGGGCUGCAUUGCAGACCCAGCGGCUCCGGCAGACAAAAGCGACGCCGCUCCCUCCGCCCGCGGCUCCCCGGCACAAAGAGCCCGGCCCGGCCCCGGCUCCGAGCGCAGCGCUCCCGGCACCGCCCGCCCGACCAGCCUGAAAAUGCUGGACACCAUCAGCAGCCAGUACGACUCGUUCAUCUACUGGAGGAUGCCGAUCCCGCGGCUGGACACGGCCGAGCUGGAGGGGCUGGGGCUGGCAGACCUGGCCCUCUACAAGCCCAAGGGAGGCCUGGGCAAGCUUGCUGAGCACCGAGGCAGCCAGGAGCUCUCCCAAGAAGAGGACACUCUGCUGCAGUUCAACAGCUUUAAUUUCUGGCGAGCUCCCAUUGCCAGCAUCACCUCCUUAGAUUUCGAUUUAAUUUGAAGCCUUCUCUGUCACUCCUCACCCCCCCUGCUCUCUGUCUUUCUGCCAGGAUUUGGUUUUGGUGUCAUUUUGGAGGUUGUUGGGUUGGGGUUUUUGUUUUGGUUUCUGGGUGGUUUUGCCGUUCAUCGUUCACUCAGCAGCUCACUGUGGCCUUGAUGGUGAUGGGCUCCCCAAAAAUUUCCAACCCCUCUCUCUCCCUUUUCCUCCUGGAAUCACAACAGCACUGGGGGCAAACACGAGGGGAAGGGGCAGAAACAGCUCCUCCAUUGCCCCUCUCAAUUCCCAGAGGGUUUGGGAGGUGCUGACAAUUUCUCAGCUCAUUUCUCGAGUGCUUUUUAAAGAAACUCGUUUUUGCAAACGAGGAGCAAUGGGAAUCGCCCUCAUUUUGCAGAAAGCAUCGACCCUCUGUGCUCCCCUGGCCCAAUUUCUCAAAAUUCCUCUUUGUCCCUUAACCUUUCCCUCGGGAAUGCAAGGUGGAAGAGGCAGGGAUGUGCCAAAGAUAUCAGCACAAACCUUCUUCUUGAGGAAAAGAAUCACUCUGAGCCUUGUGGUGUGAGCUCAAACAGAAAAAAUUAUGUCCAGGAGGGUAAAUAGACAUGGAAAUGCUCUGACCUUGCUUAGUGGGGUCAAGGCUGGGUGUUUAUUGCCCCAAAUUUGAAUUUUUUUCAUCCUUUUUUUAUGCCCCACAUGGCUUAUUCCCAGUGCUGGGUAUAUUGUGGGGUGUGGAAGGGUGAUGGGGCAGAGCUGAAAGGUGGAUCUUACCCCCAAAUGAAAAUAUUUCAGCUUUUCCACCCACUUAAUCCCUUUAAAACUAACAACAAACAAUGCUGUGUUCAUUCAAGUGGAAGCCUUGAGUUUUCUCCGGGGAGAUUUUCACCUGCUGAGGUUUAUUUCUGAGCAUCAUCUCAAAAUGGGAGGAAAAAACCCCAACCUGGAAUAAUUUUUGGCUUUAAAACAGUUGGGGUUUUUUUCCCUUUCCAAUAUUGUUUUCUGGGAUUGAUUUGUCUUCUUGAAUGUGCUUUUUUUUGGGUUUGAUUGGGAUGAAGUGAUGUGGAGCAUCCCAAAAUCAUCCUGAGAGUUGGGGGGUGUAUGUGGCUGGGGGCAGGCAGCACUUUAAAAAGUGCCAGGAAUAGGCAAAAAAUUGGAAAAAAAUCUUCAUUCUACUAUGAAAAUUAGAAGCAGCUCUCCUGUAAUCUGCAGAAAUAAUCAAGUGUGCUGAUUUUGAACCAUCUGUGUAAAACCAGAGAUGAAAAAUGUAAACUCUCCUCUGCAGAGCUGUUUUGACUUCUGUGUUCCCAGUUAGGAAAACCUGCAGAAGUAUUUAUUAUGAAACUUUAAAUAAAAUCAAUUCAAAACAUA